AUGGUCCUCAUCUCCACCCAAAUCGAAAUCGCCGCCCCUCCCGAGCGUGUUCGAGAGAUCCUCCUCGACUUCCCCCGUCUGAACGAAUGGCACCAAAGCGGCCACUUCAAAUCCAUCGAAAUCGCCGCCCGCAAAACCGAAGGCGUCUUGAGUGUAGGGGAUAAACUGAAGGUUGUGAUGGAGGAGAUGACGUUCACGCCUGUUAUCUUGAAAAACGACCCUUCAGAGCUCAAAUGGCGCGGCUCCCUCCCCCUCAUCUUCACGGGCGAUCACUCGUAUCGCUUCCUUCCCUCCGAAACGAUUCCCGGAGGGACUUUAUUUAUCCAAGAAGAGAAUUUCACAGGCCUGCUCAGUCCCGUGAUGAAAGUCAAAGAGGGCAAGAGGGAUUUUGCGUGGAAGAAUUUGAGGGGGUUUGAGGGGUUGAAUGCGGAUUUGAAAGCGGAGGCUGAGAGGGUUGUGGGGAUUGGGGAGGGGAGGAGGGAGGGGGAGGGUGGGCUGUGA